UUCCUUUUAAAAAAUGGGACCAUUUUGGAAAUAUACAUUCUUGACUUUUUUCUUCUGGACAAAUUUUCUCAUUUCUUCAUAUGUUGACAGUAAACACCUCUCUGGACAGAAAGAAGCACGAGACGUCGAUCUUUGUAAUGAGUGCACGUCCUGCAUGUGUUUUCCACAUCACACAUUAGAUUUUUCCUGUGACGUCGUGAUCAAUUAUGGACGAGAUUUUUGUGAAAAUUAUAUUUGUUUUCACAACAUAACAUGUCCAACAGUUUCCACUACGAUCGAAACAACAACUGCUCCCCCUCUUCCGGUGACGUGUAAUAAAACCUCUGUCAUCACAGCAGUAGCUCUCAAUAAGCCAAUAGGAGACCCCUCGGCUAGCGCAUGCCCAGAUACCACUUACCAGUCUCCAGGAUCUUUACUUACUCAAUAUUGUGGGAUUCCACUCGUAUCCAACUGGAAACAGGGUCGAAAGGUUAUUGAUGAGUGUCAUUCAAAUCCAAAUAAUACACUAUCGUACACACCUGUGUCAACUUUUGCGCAUGGUCAUCAUGGUGUCAUGUCCGGUAUUUUUAUCCGUUGUAUAAAUGGAGGAUUUUCGAUUAUUGCUCAGACCUGCACAACGACACCUAGCGUCGUAAAUAUUACCCAUGGUUCUCUAUAUCAUUUGACGGAUUUUCAUUUUGUUCUUUUGUGAUAUACCGUAUGUACAUGUACCUGUGAAAGAAUACCCUAAUGCAACAAUGAUAUUGUUUU